AUGGAACCAAAAGAUGAGCAGAGAAAUGAAGUGCUUGAUGUUUGUCAAGUUCCAUUCACAGAUAAUCAUGAAUAUUUGGAGCUUGAGCCAUCUAUUGAGCAGCCACUUCCGUCAGCUCUGGAAGAGAAGAUCAAUUGUCCAUUGGAGGUGGCACUAUCCUCUUACCUGGUAGAUGACUCAAUUCAUAUUGACAAAGGUAUACAAAAUGUAAUAGGUCAAGAUUCUGAGGUUCGGGAGUCUCACAAGUGUGAGUUGGAUGUGAACGAGUUGGCAAAAUUACCCCAAGAAGUAUUUGAUGAAAAUCCUGAAGUUCAAGAGUUGGAGAAUUACAGGCCGACUGAGACAGGGAAAGAUGCAGCCCUCCAAGGUGGAUUAGUUUAUUCACAAACAGCAGUUGACACAAGUUCGCCUGAUAUAACUCAAGUAAAACAGCAGCCACAGGAAGCACUGGAGGAAGGGCUAGUCCCUGCAGCAAUGGUGGAUUAG